AUGCUUAAUACGUGGAGAUUGCGCCAUGUCUUGGUUGCCAGCACCAUCUUGAGCGUCUUCGGUGCAAGCGAUGUCGAGGUGUCUACAAGCACUUGCAGCUCUCAGGAUUUCGAGGCGUGUCCGCCACGUGGCCAAGGUUUGAUCCAGCGCAAGGCUGCUGUCCGCGCAGAAAACAUUGUCGAUGAUGUCGAUGUCGGACAGGAGUGCCAGGGGCAGGAGGUCGAAGACAAUGCCAAGUUCAAUGCCACGGAGGAUCAGGGUUUGCGUCAAGGUGAUCGCGGAGAAGCAACGACCUGCCCUGAGAGUGUUGGCGAAGGUUGGCGCUUGGUGCGUCGCACAGCUUCGAACACCUUUCCCUACACAGACCAGCUCAUGGGUACCAUCAAGUACGCCAAAAAACACGGCGAUCCGCUUGGGCCCUCGUUCAGCAAGUCCUUCGAAAACGAGGGCUUCGAUGAGUUCCUGUUUGCAACCGGUGACUGCAGCAAGUGGAUGGUCAUGAAGAAGUACGAGGUGCUGAGCUGGUAUAGCAAUGAGGAUCGGCGGAUCGAGCGAUCGCACACUUCGAGCACACCGUAUAUGGCCAGGAUGUACCGGCGGAAGGGACAGCCCCAGGACCCGUGGAUCACCUUCGGGAACUGGGACCAAUGCAAAGCUUUGUACCAGGGGGCGAACCGCAAUCCGAACUGUCCGUCCGGCGAUCUCGGCUGUCGCCACAAAGGAUUGAAUGUCUUUAUUCGGACGGCUUUUGGUGAUGCGUCCACGUGCUCUGAUUCCCGUGUCGGGUCCGGCUGGCGCUUGGUAAGGCGCACAACAGCCAGGGAGUUUCCGUACGAUGACAAGCUAGUGGGUGGAUAUUAUAUUCCUCCCAUUCAUCACAAUCCACUAGGGCCGGACUUCCACAUGAAGUUCGAUCUUGCCAGCUACGACGAAUUUCUUUUCGCGACCGGUGACUGUCGAUUGUGGGCGAAAUGGACAAAGGCCGAGAUGAACCGCUGGUUUUCACAGAACCCUUCCAACCAAGGCCCGUGGACCAGUUUCGGACAGGGCUGGGCAAGUGUCUUUCACGAGGGGUUGAACAUUUUCAUCCGGAGCACCAGCAACGUAGACUAUUCUACGAUUUCUUCGGGGAGCUGCGAGUCACAUGGAAUGGCAAGCAUUCAUGAUGAAACGACGUGUUACGCGGCAGUUCGUGCUCUCGGCUACACCAUAAGCCGACACUACGUCAAUCGUGGUACUGCAGUCCAUGGCUGCAGCGUCAGGUUCGACAUUGGGGCUAGGACCGCUGGCCGCGUGCACGUUCACGUAGAGGCGGCACGCAGCGAAUGUAAUGCCGAUUUGCCAGGAGCAUGUGCCUGCAGGAAUGAUCCCAACGCGUGCAUUUGCCAGCCUGACCCUUGCAAAGGCACAGAGGAUUUUUCCACUUGCAUGCCUUGCCCACCUGGCUCAACUGGCACUUCUCCGGCGUCUGGGUGCACGUGCGACUCGGGGAUUGGAGAGGUCAAAGCGCAGACUCAGUGGCCUGGACACUCUGGCGGCUGCUCCAGCACAGUGAUCCAAGGCGGCUUGAACACUGCUCUUUCUGAGCUGUUACCCUUCAAGCCCGUGCUCGCCGAUGUCUACAAGAAGGAAGGCUUGCUGUACGAUCUCGCAGAGAAGGCUGGGGAGAUGUGUACUAUCACCGAGGCCGAUCAUGCCGCCGGCAUAGCUGCCAAGAAAAACGAGAUGUGCAGCAUGGUGCCGAAGUUUAUUAUCGGCCCAUACAUGGGCUCGGCCACUUCUGACACUUCACUCGACCACUUUGAGGACAUGGAAGAUGCUGGCUGCAAAGACUUGCCGCUUCAGUCAAGCGCAAAAUAUUUCCUGUUUGGUAUCGUUGUGCCGGAGAUCAUCCCCCUCGGCUUUGAAGGGGGCAGCCUUUGCUUCGCACAGCUCAUGAACCAUAACAGCGUGGUUCAUGGAACUGGCCUGUUAAUCUUUGAGCCAAAGCUCUUUGUGGGCAACCCAGUAGUCCAGAAUCUCAACGUGCCGUACCCCGGCACGGGCAGGACGAUCACCGCUGCCUCUGCGGUGACCAGUUAUGUCUCUGUCGGCGUAAGCUUCCCAUCAUCUGGCGAUCCGCAGAUGGAGAUGACCUUCUCCAAUGAUUUUUGGGGGUGUCCAGGAGAAUGCAGCUCGAUGCGCGGUCAUAUCUACGCAGCUCUGAAGCUCGAUCUCACGGAGUACGUCGACAAGAAGCUAAAGAAGAAAAGCAAGAAAAAGCUCUCCCUCGGCGAUUUGUCCGUUUCCUUCGAAGCCAAGUGCCUCAUCGAUUUUGAUCCGGACCGCAACGGCUUGCAGAGCGUGAUCAGCAAGGUGCCUAUUGUGGGCAGCUUCGUCGAGGGGACAACGGAGAAUGGUCAGCAGACCUCUGGCCUCCAAUCGCUCAUUGACCCCACCGAAGCGCUGGACUUUCUCCAGGAGGUUUUGCAAACCGACGUGGCCAUGGGCAUCGACGGCCAGAUCACCAUCACCAUCCCGCUAGAUGAUUGGUCGCACGGCCUGUUCCGAGACUUGGACAUCACGGUUGGGUCCGCAUCUAUCCUUUUCAAAAAGACGGCUCAGGAAACAGGCCUUUACGUGACCAUGGCCCAGGGCGGGUUUGCGAAUACCGGAAUCAUGGACGACAUACAGCAAAAAAUCCUGGACAAGUUCGAGUCCCCCGCAGUGAAGACUGUUGUCGGCUUUAUCGGCGAUGGAAUAGGAGCGGUGGUGGACAAACUGACUAGUGUGGGGGUGAAGCUUCAGGUCUACCUCAAAGGCCAGUGCAAUUUUGACAUUUUGGCGGGAGCUUGCAGCAGCCUCGAGUUUGGCCUCAAGUUCACAGCAACCGAGUUUGAGGCAUACAUCGAGAAGAAGGGUGGGAAGCUGGCCUUCUGCUUUGCGAUCAAAGGCAUCUUCGACAGCUGUGGAAAUGGCUUGGAGAAUGUCCUGGUGCUCUUCGAGAAGGGCCUGGAGAUGAUUGUGGACGUGGUCAAGGACGUUGGGGAAUUUGCCGAAAACGCGGGCAGGGAGGUGGCGGAGCUCUCCGAGAGCGCCUUGAAGACAGGUAAGGUGGUGGUGGACAAGAUCGGGCAAGGCUUCGAGAAUGGAGUCAUGAAAACCUCUCAGUUCUUCUCUGCUCGUGGGGAAGAAAUCAUCGACUUUGCUGGAGAUGCUGCGAAUGAAGCAGCUGCUUGGACACAAAAAGCAGCAGAUGAGGCAGCAAAGUUGGCUGCCCAGCAUGUGGGUGAAGCCUUGCAGGACACCUUGGAGUGGACCGGGCAGGCGGCCACCGCUGCAGCUGAAUGGACAGGUAACGCGGCUGAGUCUGCAGGCGAAUGGGUGGGAGGAGCCGGCAAUGACGCAGUCGAGCAGGGCGGCAAGGCCAUCGAGUUUGCCGCAGAUGUCUUCACAAGCCUCCCCGCCCCGAAGAUCUUCGGCGGCUUCAUUCGCUGA